AUGGUGCUGUCAGUGGGCACUGCAUUAAAGCUGGGUCCAGAAGCAUUCAAAUUUGAUGGUGGCGUAGAGGCAGUGGCAGUGCGGCAGAAUGAGAAGUAUUACAUCCUAAGACCAGAGGUGAUUGAGACCUACUGGUAUAUGUGGAGAUUCACACACGAUCCCAAGUACAGACAGUGGGGCUGGGAGGCAACGCAGGCAAUUGACAAGUAUUGCCGAGUCAGUGGUGGCUUUUCUGGUGUCAAGGAUGUCUAUUCCUCAUCUCCUACAUAUGAUGAUGUACAGCAGAGCUUUUUCCUUGCUGAAACUUUGAAGUAUUUGUAUCUGCUUUUCUCCAAUGAUGACCUUCUACCAUUAGACAACUGGGUUUUUAACACAGAAGCUCAUCCUCUGCCUGUUUUACAUUUAGCCAACACCACGCUGUCAGGAAAUCCUGCAUAUCGAUAAAAACAGCUCUAUGAAGAGGAAGAGAGACUGCUUUCAGCUCUGUUUUGUUUACAUGGACCACUUGAGACUUUAAGCAGGAGAGGAGAUAGACACUUGAUAAAACUAGACCUCUGAGUCAAGCAAGUACCGGCGUGAGAAACGAAGCUCUUCAACAUAUAGAUAAGUUAAAAGUUCUGUUUUAUACAUGACCAAAACAUGUUAGUGUGGUAUUUGCAGGACAGAGACUUUGUGCGCUUUGAACCCUAGCAAGACAUGGAAUCUACUGCUUAUAUUAAAUGCAGCAGCAUAAGGAAGAGGAGGCUUUCCCGUCCAGGGAGAGGAACUUGCUGCUGCUGCUGUUGGCUGUUGCAAGGAAGAAUACAUCGGUUGGGUUCAGAUCGGGUGGGUUCCAAAUACCUAGAUUUUAUUUUUCUUUUUUUUUUUGUGUUUGAUGAUGGCAUGAACAAAGCAACAACAAAAGCAACAUCACUGCACCAGCAGCAUCAGGAUUUGAAUUUUUUUCUGUACCUG